AAUGGACUUGCUCCAAGAUCAUUCCUUAUUACUAUUUCUUCCUCCCCAGCUUCUCCACCAUGCUCUUAUCCAGACUCCACAGCCUCUCCCUAAAAUUUCCUCCGCCGUCCUCUUCUUCGAGUAACCGAAACCCUAGAAUCCGUUCCAAACUUCCAAAAUUCUCCACACAUUUUGACCCCUUCACUCAGUUAUUGAAAAACAAACCGAAAGUCUUUCUCAGUAUUCGCCCUUCGAUCAACUUCAUUGGAACUAGAGCUCAAUUCACGGCUUGCAAAGAUUCCACCGAGGCUCGCGAUUCAGGGUUCGCUGUUGGAGAAGAGAUGAAGAGGAGCGGAGAUGGCGGCGGCCCUGGGAAUAAUUGGACUACUUCGAUUUUGCUCUUCGGGCUUUGGGCUGUGCUUAUGUUCUACGUAUUCCGCCUUGCACCAGACCAGACCCCGUAUAGGGAUGUGUAUUUCAUUCAGAAACUCUUGUACCUUAAAGGUGAUGAUGCCUAUCGCAUGAAUGAAGUACUCGUGGCUUUGUGGAACAUCAUGGGAUUAUGGCCUAUGAUUUAUAGCAUGCUUUUGCUUCCAACCGGUAGAAGCUCAAGAAGCAAGGUUCCUGUAUGGCCGUUCCUUUUUCUCUCUAUCUUUGGUGGUGCAUAUGCUCUUAUCCCCUAUUUUGUUCUUUGGAAGCCACCACCACCAGCCAUUGGAGAAGAUGAAAUUAGAAAAUGGCCUUUGAAUUUCUUGGAAUCAAGGAUAAGCGCAUCGGUUGUGCUUGCUGCAGGUUUAAGCUUGGUGGCAUAUGCUCUCUUUGCCAAUGGAGAUGUGUGGACAGAAUUUUACCAAUACUUCAGAGAGAGUAAAUUUAUUCAUGUUAUGAGCCUCGAUUUUGUGCUGCUCUCAUCUUUCGCACCUUUUUGGAUUUACAAUGACAUGACUUCCAGGAGAUGGGUAGAUAAAGGUUUAUGGCUUCUAUUUUUGUCAGUCAUUCCGCUUUUGGGGCCGGCAUUGUAUGUUCUUCUUCGUCCGCGGCUUGCCGAAUUACCUACACGUUUUUUCCCGGACCCGGACUCGAUUGAGACAGAUUAGGCGGAACUGAGCGAGUCCAUUCUCUUUAAUCUGUGGGGUAGAUAUUUCCAGGCAAGCCCUUUUCUGGUAUAUAUGCAAUUUGAAUAUUGUCCUCCAUAGCAGCAGAGCUGGUCUAAUUCUGCUUCCUCUCGAAUAUUGAUUGGUUCAUAAGCUUUAAAAAAACAAAUGUACAAUGCUUUAUAGAACUUGAGUUUUCAAUUUCGUUAACCCAAAAAAAAAAAAAA